AGCUCGUGCCCGGCACGCUGUGGCGCGAAACCCUCAUCAGUUGUGUGGCGGACUGCGGCGGAGAAGACGGCAUCGAACCCUGAACAAUAUAUUAGUGCUUUUUACAAGAGGAAUCAAUAAUCGAACAUAAUGGCGACCGACGUGGUAGAUGACCUGGAGAUGAGGGAGGCUCAGAGGGAUUACCUGGACUUCCUGGAUGAUGAUCAAGACCAGGGCGUUUACCAGAGCAAAGUCCGGGACAUGAUCGGUGAGAAUAAAGCUCGACUCAUCGUCAACAUCAACGACCUGAGGAGACGCAACGAGGUCCGAGCUGCCAAACUGAUGAAAAACGCCUUUGAGGAGCUGCUCGCUUUCCAGCGGGCACUGAAGGACGUGGUGGCCUCGGUGGACGCCACCUACGCCAAGCAGUAUGAGGAGUUCUUCAUCGCCCUGGAGGGCAGCUUCGGCUCCAUGCACGUCACCCCCCGCACCCUCACGUCCCGUCUGCUGGGCAGCAUGGUCUGUGUGGAGGGCAUCAUCACCAAGUGUUCUCUGGUGCGUCCCAAAGUGGUGCGCAGCGUCCACUACUGCCCAGCCACUAAGAAGACGAUGGAGAGGAAGUACACAGACAUGACCUCCCUGGACGCUUUCCCUUCCAGUGCCAUAUACCCCACCAAGGACGAGGAGAACAACCCACUGGAGACGGAGUUUGGUUUGUCCAUCUACAAGGACCACCAGACCAUCACGGUGCAGGAGAUGCCAGAGAAGGCGCCCGCUGGCCAGCUCCCCCGAUCCGUGGACAUCAUCCUGGACAACGACCUGGUGGACGUGGUCAAACCAGGAGACAGAGUGCAGGUGAUCGGGACGUACCGCUGUCUGCCUGGAAAGAAGGGAGGAUUCACCUCCGGCACGUUCCGGACCAUCAUGAUCGCCUGCCACGUCAAACAGAUGAGCAAGGAGGUGUCCCCGUCCUUCUCUGCUGAUGAUGUGGCCAAAAUCAGGAACUUCAGCCAGAGUCGCUCCAUAGAUGUGUUCGACCAGCUGUCUCGCUCCCUGGCUCCCAGUAUUCACGGACACCAGUACAUCAAGAAGGCCAUCCUGUGCAUGCUGCUCGGUGGCGUGGAGAAGGUGCUGGAAAACGGCUCCCGCAUCAGAGGAGACAUCAACGUCCUCCUCAUUGGUGAUCCAUCAGUGGCCAAGUCCCAGCUGCUGCGUUACGUUCUCCACACAGCACCCAGAGCCAUCCCCACCACUGGACGAGGCUCCUCUGGUGUGGGUCUGACCGCUGCCGUCACCACCGACCAGGAGACCGGUGAACGCCGUCUGGAGGCAGGCGCCAUGGUUCUGGCCGACCGGGGCGUGGUGUGCAUUGACGAGUUCGACAAGAUGUCCGACAUGGACCGUACGGCCAUCCACGAGGUGAUGGAGCAGGGCCGCGUCACCAUCGCCAAGGCUGGGAUCCACGCCCGCCUCAAUGCUCGCUGCUCCGUACUGGCAGCUGCCAACCCCGUCUAUGGCAGGUACGACCAGUAUAAAACCCCCAUGGAGAACAUCGGCCUGCAGGACUCGCUGCUGUCACGUUUCGACCUCCUCUUCAUCGUGCUGGAUCAGAUGGACCCCGAGCAGGACCGCGAGAUCUCCGACCACGUGCUGAGGAUGCACCGCUACCGUGACCCCCGCGAGCAGGAUGGAGCAGCCAUGGCACUGGGCGGGAGCGUAGACGUCCUGGCUACAGAGGACCCAGACGCUAUAGUAGAGGAGCACGAGGAGCUGCAGAUCUAUGAGAAGCAUAACAACCUGCUGCAUGGGAGCAAGAGGAAGAAGGAUAAGAUCGUGAGUAAGGAAUUCAUGAGGAAGUACAUCCACAUCGCCAAGGGUGUGACGCCUGUGCUGACGGAGGAGGCUGCCAAUCACAUCGCAGAGGAGUACUCAAGACUGAGGAGCCAGGAGCAGCUGGCUGCUGAUAUCGCCAGGACUUCCCCGGUGACGGCCCGAACACUGGAGACGCUGAUCCGUCUGUCCACAGCUCACGCCAAGGCCCGCAUGAGCAAAGCGGUGGAGAUGGAGGACUCGGAAGUGGCCGUGGAGCUCGUCCAGUUUGCCUACUUUAAAAAGGUUCUGGAGAAGGAGAAGAAGCGUUCGAGAAAGGAGCGAGACUCCGGCUCGGAAGAGGAGGAGGAGGAGGAGGAGACGUCCACUCAGCGUUCCCAGAGAACUCAGAGGAAGAGGGGGCGCCAUAGUUCUCAGGGAACUGAGGCCUACAGCCCAUAUGACUUCAGUGAAGAGCAGAACGUCCCUGAGAUUCAGGCUGGAACCCCGAAACCAGCCAAGCCACAGCGAGAGGAGGCUGAGCCCAUGGACGCCACAUCACAGGCUAAAGACGCUGAGCUGUCUGCAGAAAGAAUGAAAGAAUUCAAGUCGUCCCUGUUCGCCGUGUUCCAGUCCGCUCACGCUCAGUCUGUGAAGAUGAAGAACCUGAUGGAAGACAUCAACAAGGAGCGGGAGAAACGUUUCACCGAGCCCGAGGUUCGUGCCGCUUUGACUCGCAUGCAGGACGACAACCAGGUCAUGAUGGCUGAUGACAUCAUCUUCCUUAUCUGAACGAGGAGGAGGAGGAGGAUGACUGUUUCCGAAAAGAUGACAUGGACUUUGAAAGAAACAGAGGUUCAUAUUAAAAUGUACAUUUUGUUUGUUUGACUUUGUUUUGGACACCUUGUUGCUUUAUGUGUUUUCUGCUCAUUUUCCUUAAGUGCAGUCUAAUGUUCAAUUCAAGACCAGUCAGACACCUGACCAUCGGGCAGAAAUAUUAUUAUGUGGCAUUUGGAUCACAAAGGAUGCAGCUUAAUCUACCAAGUCAAGUUUUAUUCAUGUAUGCACUUGUUUCUUUCUGGGUAAUGUUACUUUAUAAUGUCGUUAUUAUCACAAAUUACUGUAAAUGUAAUGAACAAACAUUUCAGUUCAUGUGAAGAAGGCAGGGGGUAUUUCACUGUGCCAUAAUAAUCACAUUAUUAAGUAGUUUUACCAACACUCCAGUUGGCUGGGUUUGUAUAUAGUUGAUGAAAAGUUUUCAAAUUGUUAAUUAACUGUAUUUGUUAAUUAAAAAAAAUAAAUGUCGUGCUUUGGAAAUGGG